GUAGGACGGGUGUUCCUCCUGGAGCUCCAGAGUGGUUCAGAGACGGGGUCAGAGGAGGAGUUUGAGGAGGCGAAGGAGUUGUGUGCUGCUCACGGUUCCCGUGUGGCGUCGGGGGUGGAGCUGCGGCAUGCUGCGGUAGAGUGUUCCUUCUCUGUCUGUGCCCGUGGAUGGCUGGACGGCCACAGAAUUGGGACCACAGUGUGCAGAGACGUAGCAGGAAGUUUAAGGGCAGUGGAUGUGCAGGUUCAAAAUGUUACUGAGGAUGCGGGAAGACUGGGCGUGUUCUGCGUGAAAGACAGGGGUGCUCCAUGUGGGGCUCCGCCCUCAUUUCCUCAUACACGUCUGCAGGGCCAAACAGGACUGGAGCUUGGAGAUGAGCUCCUAUACACCUGUAACCCAGGAUACACUUUACCCAAUGGGGAGACUGCCUUCAGCCUGCUGUGUGACAGCUGUGGAGAGUGGUAUGGUAUGGUCCAGCUGUGUGUCAAAGCUGAUGCUGAGGCUCACGUUGACUAUGAAGACAAGUUUGCGGAUGAACACCAUGUAUACGAUGACCUGGGGGAAGAGAGUCAUGCUGGCGUCCUGCCAGCAGGGGGCGACGUGGAGGGUCACGAGGAGGAAGAGGAGGAGGAUUCUGCAGCAGGGCAGGUGGUUGGCGGUCAGGAAGAGGAAGAUAAUGAGGAAGGAGACUCGACAGUGUCGGUGACAGAGGCUCCAGUGUCCCAGCUCAGUCAGAAACAUCUUUUCUGGUUUCCGUCCGAAGCCUUCCAGGAGGAGGAGCAUCCACACGUCACAGUCACGCCCAUAAAAGACCCCACCCAAGACCAGAACUACAUAACAGCCAAAACCUCCGAUAGCCAAUCAGAACCCAAAGGAACCACAGAGGAUUAUGGUGAUGUUAAAGUUGAUGACUCUCAAACUGAGGAUCAUGUCAAACACAGUGUCAGCAGCACAGAGGAGUCCUGGUUGGACGGAUAUCCUGUCAGUCCAGAGGAGGAUAAAGCAGGGGGUGGGUCUACAGUAGAGGCAGGACCAGAGCAAGAGGUUGAGUUUGAAAAUGUGACACAAGACCACAAGGAAGAAGAGUUUGGUGAAGUGACUGGAAGUCCAGAUGAGGAGGAGCCUGAUGCAGUGACUGACAGCCCAGUGGGGGAGGGGCUUGAUGCGGUGAUGCACAGGCCAGUGGGGGAGGAAUCUGAUACAGUGACGGACAGCCCGGUGGGGGAGGAGCUCGAUGGAGCGACAGACAGCCCAGUGGGGGAGGGGCUUGAGGAGGUGACGGACAGUCCAGUUACCGACCGGUCUAAGGAGAUGGACUUUGAAAUCGUUCGUCACAGGCCUGAAGAUGAGGUGGAGGAGGAGGACUUUGAAGGAGUCACGGGCAGCCCCGAGUCUGUGACUGACAGCCCAGCGGGAGUAAAGAUUGGAGGGGUGAUAGAGAGGGCAAAUGGUCUUGAGGCGAGUCCAUCCCCUGACUUUGGUUUUACUCAGAUUACGGCCGGUCCAGACGAGCACGCACUGAAAGAAAGGCCGGCGGAACAUACCCCAGGCUCUGCCCCUGAAAACGUCAGCACCAGUCACGAGGGAGUCGGGCCCGAUCUCUUUACCACACCCUCAGGGAUGGAGCCCUCAGAGGCCACACCCACCUCCACGCUAGAGGUCAUUAGCAACGUGGCCACACCCACAACCACAGUCUCCUGGGGAACCAAAGAUCAAGGUCACUUCUUCGACCACACCCCUUAUCCAGAACUAGACGACGCAGAAGUCACAGUUUCAUCCCAUGAGGAGAAAAGCCCGACAGGAGGCUCUCCGGACGACAGCCUGACGGAACACAGGGGAGCAGGGAGCGAUGCUUGUGAGGAUGACGAGUGCCCGUCCUCCCACAACGGGCCUGUGAUUGCCAUGGUGAUAGUAGGCAUAGUGGCAGCCCUGGUGGCUGUGGCAUUAGGGGUGUGGUGUUACAGAAGGAGACAGCAGAAGAGCUCUCACUACCAGCUAAACGGAACUAACCGUCAAACACAGUGCAUCGAAAUGCAGCAGACUGUCUAA